CGAAUAGUGUUUUCAUUACGUGUUUUGUAACCACUAAUUAGAUUAUUACAUUUCGUUAAAUUAACGAAACAAAUUCAUAAGCAAAAAUAAAAUACCGUUAAUAAUUUUUUGCUAUUUAAUUUUAAGCAGCGUCGUCUCUGUUUUCGCCGUUGUUUCCUUCUUCUUCUUCUUCUUCUUUCUCUUUCUUAUAUCUUUUUUCUCUUCCCAAUUUUCUCAUCGAUCACUGAAUCUUCUUCUUCUUCUUCUUCCUUCUCUCAAGAACAGGUAAAACUCUCUCCUCUUCUCCUUCUUUUUCUCUCCUCUCUCUUCUCUCUUUUAACAAAAAAAAACUGUCUUUUCUUCAUUUCUGUUCUUUUUUUGGUUGCCGAGAAAAACAGAGGAUAAUUUUCCGAUAUCUGUUUUUUUUUUCUCGGUGACCAGAAUCGAUUUUUUUUAAACGAGCUUGAUCAAUAAAUUCUCUCAAGAUCUAUGGCGGAAGAGCAUCGAUGUCAGACACCAGAAAGCAACCGUCUCUGUGUUAACAACUGUGGCUUCCUCGGCAGCUCCGCCACCAUGAAUCUCUGUUCUAAUUGUUACGGCGAUCUUUGUCUCAAACAACAACAACAAUCCUCCUCCAUCAAAUCCACCGUUGAAUCUUCCCUCUCUGUAUCUCCUCCGUCGUCAUCAUCAUCGGAGAUCUCUUCUCCGAUCAUCCCUCCUCUCCUUAAAAAUCCAUCAGUCAAGCUAGAGGUACCGGAGAAAAAGGCGGUGAUUUCGCUGCCGACGACGGAGCAGAAUCAGCAACAGAGGCCGAAUCGGUGCACGACGUGUAGGAAACGGGUCGGGUUAACCGGAUUCAAGUGCCGGUGCGGUACGAUGUUUUGCGGGGUUCAUAGGUACCCGGAGAUCCAUGGAUGCAGCUACGAUUUCAAAUCGGCCGGACGUGAAGAGAUCGCGAAAGCGAAUCCGUUGGUGAAAGCAGCGAAGCUUCAGAAGAUAUGAUCAGAGCCGUUCGAUGCGUUGACUUUUCCUCUCGUAAGUCUUCAUUUCUACGCGUAUGUGUGUCCUCCGUCCCCCGAGAAAUACGGAUGGUGUCGAUUUGAUUGAUCUCAGCCGUUGGAUCAAAAAUGGUUUAUUAUUGUAAAAGAUUGAUUAUGUAUUUAUCAAAGGGACACGUGUCACGUGGUUUUAGGAUGGAGACGCUUUCGCUUUUUCUCCUUCAUUUUAUUUUCUUUUUCCUUUCAGAAAGAAAUAAGAUUAUUCGCGUUGGCUUUUUCUUUUUAUUAAAUUCCGGCUUAUUAUUAUUAUUAUUGUGUGGCUUUUGCGUGUACAAAGUCUAUUCAGAAAAAUAAAAAAAAUGAUAUUAAUUUCCCUCAAUUGGAUAUGGACUUCUA